AUGUUUUUCUUGUUAACCCUAAUCUCAGCGUUGAUUUUCCGACCAUUGGAAGCUCAGAGUCAGUCGAAUACGUCCAUAUGUCCGAAGAUUACGGCGAUAGAUAAAGUGACGGGAUGUUUCAAGGCGGUGAGAUUUGCGGCGGAUCAUGAUGAAAGAUAUCUGUCGGAAAUUUGUUGCAAAGCAGUGAGAUCAAUAUUUCCUGACUGCCUCUUGCUUGUCCUUCCUUCCAAAGCUGUCAAUACAGAAGUCAUUAAAGGCAUUUGUGGAAAAAAGUUCCCUGGAACAGAUUUGGGUUUGGCACCAUCUAUUUUAUAA